ACUGCUCUCUUAAAAAUAACGGGACCAACAAAAAAAUCCAAAUGAAAAUCGACACUCAUCUGGUGCUGCGAUUGGAUCAUGACAAAGGUAUUAAAACAAACCGGAGCCGGGAAGCAGGAAACUUACAGGAUUCUCACGCGCGAUCACUGCAGAGAUUUGCGCAUACCAAGAAAAAAUCACAGUCCAGUCCGGGAAAUAAGCGAAAAUGAAUGGAGAAAAAUUCGUUACCUGGCUAACUCAACGGAGCUUAAACAAAAACUGGAAGAUGACAAGAACCGGAAAGAAGAGCGCUAUCAGAUGGAAAGCGAUUACCUGCGCCGUAAAGCGGAGUUUGAUCAAAUCGAAGCCGAACAAAACUACGAUCCGAUGGAGGAGGAAAUUCGGCGCGAGAAAUCCGAGAAGGUCCAGGAGCUGGGAAAUCAACUGGUCACAGAAAAGUUAGAAAACGACGACACUGUCCGAUUUUUUAACGAUUGCCUGAAUGGUGCUUUGGUGCGAGCCGUCCGCGAUCGGCAGGUAUUGAAAAAAGAGCAAAUUAAGCAGUUAGCGGAACAAGAGGAAUUCCGCAUCGACAAUGCCUGUCAGAAAGAUGCGAAUCUGGGUUUUGCUAUCGGGCAAAAAAUUGAAGAAUUUCGUCAUUCGGAAAAUUCACGGUAUGGUCAACUUCUGAAAGAUCAACUAAAAUCGCGCGAAGAAGAGCGUGGCAUGGAGAAAGAAGCUGCUGCGGUAGAAGGGCGCCGUGCACUGGAGUUUGCGCGCCGUAUGCAGCGCAAAGAAGUGGAAGACGGUAUUCGCGAAUAUAACAACAAACGACAAAUUACCAAACGCCUCUUACAGCAAAACGCCAAUGUUUUGGAUAAAAAGAAGGAAGCCAAACUGCACCAAGCCCGCAUGGACAUGGCCAUUGCGCAAGCAUGGAAGGAGAAGAAUGCCGAAUUAGAUCGACGAGAAGAAGAAGCUCGAGCUGCGAGAAAGAAGAAAGAAGAGGAACUGGCCUUUGCCCUCUCGCAACAGAAACGCUCUGUUGACCAACGGGCUAUAGAAGAUGAGAAGCGUGCCCAAAGAGCGGUGUAUCAAGCAGACCGUGAAUGGCGAAAGAAGGAGCUGAGCAAGGCUUUAAAGCAUGCCAGGGAACUGGAAGAAAUGAAAAGGAUUAUACAAUAUCAAAAAGAGCAAAAGAUUCGCAAAGACGCGCACGAACUGGAAGAAGAAAGAAGAAUCUUUGACCAAACGCAACAACAACUAGUUAGCGAAGCACAAAAAGCGGAAGAAAAGCGUUUGGAACGUGAAGAAAAGCGCCGACAGAAUGCCGAAGAACUGCGCAGGCAAAUUGAAGAACGCGAGAAGGACAGGUGGCAAUACAUUCAAGAGAAAUGGGAUACAGGCAGCAAUAUUCGCCAAGAAAUGAAAGGACAUGAAGAGAAGGUGGCAGCCUAUAUGAAGGAUAAAAUGGACAAAGCAGAAGCGGCUGGCGUUCCCCAUGCGUACAUGCUGGACAUCGUGCGACACAUGACAAACGAAGGAUAUUUGCCCAAGCCAGAAAAGCCACAUCAAAAAUUAAAAAAUAUUGAUCACAUCACUAAACUUGUUAGGCAUUUCGAGUAGUUGGAAAUUUUUAAAAGAGCCUUGGCCUAUUAGAAAAAAUUUACGAUUGGCAGUCUGCCAGGGAACUUACCUGUGCUAAUUGAUGCGUAUAUCAAAUCACAGCUGGCGCAAAGCGAUAAAAUACGUCAUUGGACGAACAGUCGUAUCUUCAGUUUCUGUUUGAGAUCGUUUCUUACUCCUUGAUCUGUCCAGAUACGAUUUAGCAUAUUUGAACAAAAGCU